UUUCAACUGCUCUUCACACCUCUUGGACCAGAUGGGAUCUACGUAUUGCCAUUUCUGCAUAUAAGUAUCUACAAUGCACCGGCACUUUUUUCUGUACUGUUAAACAUUGCGGGAUUGGUGGUGAUUUCACUUGCUUUCAAGGAGGACUAUACUGUAAUGCAUGCGGCAGCUGCUGCAAAGGGAAAUGCCGAAUUGCCUUCACCAUGCGUGAUUGCUGUGCUAGUGUGUGUCUCAACACGAUUUGUCCAGAUUUUCGGUUCAGCAACGAUCGCAACCCUUGGAUCGGCGUUUUCAAUGCUGAUGUUCUCGUUCAACAAGGAAGAAGCUGUGAUAGCGAGCGCCGCAUCACAUCUUGGCGCAGGAGUGAUCGGCGUCGCCCUCUAUUUUGUGUUCAUUUUCUACGACCUCACAAAAUGUAUACGUCCACGACGAGCGACUAUUCUCGUGAUGAUUUCUUAUGCUUGUCUGUUUUUGUUCACUCUACCCUGGCCGUUCCUACCAAGCAAAGUUGAAAUAUCAAUUAACGGUUCCGAUGCGGGUUGUUUCAGUGAUCGGUUUAGUUGGUGUGAUGACCUCACCCAAGUUUCUCCUGUUGUG